CAUUAUUUUCACCCUCAGUUCAGUGAAAUAGUCAUACCAAACUACAGUGUAUAGUCUAAAGAAGAAUUCAGUUAAAUCCAUGGAUUUUUCAUUUUAAAAAAGGUUUAGCUCUUAAUUUAAAAGAAAAAAAGCAAUUCAAAAGAUAGAAUCCUAUUUCUACUAAUAUAAAUAAUAGUUCAUUUCAACUUUUAUUAUUCAUUAGGGUUAAAUACAAUAUUUUCCAGAUUUUUUUCAUUCAAAGAUGCAAACCAAGCAGCGUUUUAAUCCCAGGAAUAAGUUGUUUGGGUUGUUUUUUUUUCAUUCUAUCACAGGGAAUCCCUUCUGCUAUCAAAUCUACAUGAACAAGCCCUUGCAUCUGUAUGAAGUCCCAUUGAUGUCAAAUGGAUUCCGUGUUGGUGUUAAGGUCUACCUGCAUAAAUCAGAUUGCAAGACUGGGACUUUGGCCCUUGACUACUAUUUUUGUGCAAGACAGAACAGGUUGGGGAACAGAUGGAAAAGCAUGAAAGUAAUCCUGAGCAAGAAAAAUGAAACCGGCAGGGGGUGGGUUCUUCGUCUCAUACCCCAUAAAAGGACAGAGGUUUUGGAAAGCAGGUGGGGACUGCGCACUGCCAGCAUCCCACCAGUUGCAAAGAAGAGCAACACAGAGGCCAGUACUUUGCUUCACACCAAAGGUCCAUCCAAUCUGAAGUCACCCAUCAUUCUGUGCCUUCCUGCCCUCCUUGAUGGCUCUGCCCAUCUCCACCUCUUUAAGUACUGCUCAAGAGAAGUAAGAUCUGAAGACACUCUUGCAGAAUUGGAACUCAUAAGGAAUCCUAUAUAUAAGAGUGGCAAUCUCAGCCAGACAACAACAGCUGCCUCAUCCACUCUGAAAACAUUGACAGACUUACCUGGAAUGCUGUAAAAUGGAACAGGAACUCUUCAGACACAGAGCUGUUUUAUUCUUUCACUCUUGAACAAAGAGGCCACAUUUCGUUCUGUUGCACCAGAGUUUGGAUUUAUACCAAUAUAAAUAGGAAUAGACUUUGACCCAGUGACUUGUUAAUUCAGUAUAAUGCCUUGAAGAAUAAUAUGUUAACAAAACAUUAUACAUGAAUGUAAAGUUACAAAGAAAUGUUUGAUUUCAGAUAUACUGUAGCUGAGAAGAGAGAGUUACUGAAAGUUGCAUUCAUUAUCAUCUUAUAGCUUUUAAUAACUAUUCACAAAGAAUAUAUUCUCCCUCUGCUAAUCCCUUCCAAACAGAUAUUUUAGUAACAGAUAAGAAUGUUUAACCACUAUCAAUACCAAUCACCAAAAGCAAAGCCAAGUGUUAACAUUACCCUUUUGAUACAGAAAAGGAAUUUCGGUGAUGCAGAAUUUUAUGUUUAGGUGAAUUCUGUUUUGGUUAAGGCUCCACGUGGUUAGAUUAGUUUUUUCUAAAAUACUGUAUGUGUUUUGGUAUUUACUAAUGACUUUCCAUCA